GCGCUUAAUCAUAAUAGUCCAGAUAUCAAUCGCUUGCUAGUUAAUUGGCUUCAAAUUAACACAUUGGAAUUGGAUCUUAUUCAACGAUUAGUACAAUGUGUGUGCGAUUGGAUCGCGUUUUCUAGGAAUUUGUAAAAUCGUGUGAAUAUUAUUGAAAUGACUCAAGUUCAUUCACGCGAUUUGAGUCGAUUUGUUUUAUCGUUCGGAAAAUAAUACGCUAUAUUACAUCUUUGAUUGCUGUCAAUUGCUCAAUUCGUAAGUGAUUCAAGUAAAUCGAGUAAAACGGGGAAAAUCGAGUAAAUACUAAAAAUUCCGUAUUGAAUGAUGUCAGAUUGCAAUAAAGGUGUUGGAAAUAUCCCGGUCCAAGUUCCAUUCAAAUAGGAAGAUCCUCUGACGUUGCAUGAGAACUUUGUUCAUGCACUCUGUGUAUCGUAGCACAUUAACAUAUACAAGCACAGAAACCGAAACAAAAACGAUGCGGUGAUGAUCACAACACAAAUCGAAGAACAAUCACUUGUGUAAUAAUAAAUCGAAGCGAGCGAGAGACGACGAGGUAAAACACACGUAAACAUGAAUCGAGCCAACGUCGCGUUGUCCGUGUGUUGGUGUUCAUUUGGAUGUAACAGCGUACAGCCACUGUUAACUAUACAACUCAACAAUUUAUUCGAAGUUCUUUAUUUCCCGAUUGGUUGUAGUUUCGCUGUGCGAGAGACUCAAGUAUUCAACACAGCUAUGGUGUAGCUGCGUUUGUGUGUCUUUGUGUUGAAAACAAUUUCUUGGUCGGUGAUUCAGUGUGUGAUUCUGUUGUAGCAGCCGAGCAGCAACAGUGUUGUUAGUUUUGGUGUCAUGCAGAGAUUCAGUUUAGCCAAGCGAUUGCUACGACGCGGACCUGCUAUUUUUUCUCGGUUUGUACUGAACGCAGCCAUUCACGGUCUCCGCAUCACAUCCAACUUUCUUCAUCAUAUUUACGUUUUUUCUUCUGUCAGCCGUGCAAAAGACUUAUUACACCGAGAGACGGAGAGCAAUCAGUGCGAGUUUUUUUUUAUUUUGUGAUAUUUUCCACGUAUUUAUCUGACUUCGGGCAGAUUGACUUUUUCUUCCACUAAGUGCAAAAUAAUUUGUAGUGAAACUGUGUGUUUUAUUUUUAUUGGUGCAGCCACUAGCCGAUUUUAUCUUGUGGGCAAAACUACGAUAACUAAUCGAUUUGACAUAAAUCAUUUGCGCAGCGAACUCGCACACAAUAUCGUCUCGCGUUUCCCACCAUCCACAAUAAUAUUCAAUUAUUCAUGAGACGCCUACGAUACAAAGUAACAAGUCCGUAUUGAGCAAACACAGGACAGCCGAAUCAACAAAAAGGAAAGUUGUAGAGACACGCGAAGAAGCCGAGAAUUUUUAUUAUUAUAUUUUGGUCCGCAGAAUUUAAUUGAUUACGAUGAUGUCGACCGGUGAGAAUGUUAAGUUUCGUUCGACUCCAAAUCAAGAGAUCGCCCGGCCACUGAGCACAUACGACAAUUUGAACAAUGAACCGAAAAUGAAUGGCACGACAGCAUGUAAAAAUGAAGCCAUUGAAAGAAGUGAACAUGUUAAUGAGUUUCCGUUCAGUGGAAUCUCGUUCCGUUUCGACGAAUUGAAGCAGCCAAAUCAAAAUACAACUCCAACAAUUCACUCCUCAAAUGGCUACGAUAAUAUAAACAAUAACAAUUACAAGUUGCAUCGUAACAAUAAUCAAAAUGUAAACAACAGUCCGCAAUUCAACGGAAACGAUGUGAACCAAAUUCGUAGCAACCAAGUCCAUACAGUGACAACGAUCGCACAAAAUCAUUCAUCUUCGUCGUCGUCGUCGUCGUCCACAACGAGCAGUUCGUCGUCAUCGUCGUCAUCUGAAAAUAGCUACAAACAUUCAUCGCAACACUACGCAAAUUUAGCUGGAAAUCCAAUUGCUAAUCGCGGUAAUAACAAACCAGUUCACAGUGUGGCAAAGUCACAAUUUUUGGGUUUACACAAAACAAGCGACGACAAUGAACCAAACAUAACAAUCGAGAGUAGAACGAAUGGCGGGGCAACAAAACAAAGUUUAGAGAAAAAUUCACAAGACGAACGAGAUAAUACGGGAGAAUCGUCGACGGUGAGUGAAGAAGAACCACUUUUGAAUAGUUACGGUGGUAGGAUUGCAACGAACGGCUUGAAUCGUACUCCAAAUUCGACACAAUAUCAAAAUGUUCCAAGCAAUAGUUCGUGCUAUGGCCAAAAUCAAAUUGAUGAUGCCAACGAAUGCACUUGUAUGUGCAAGGAAGAUAGUGACCCUGGCACCGAAAUAAGACAAUACGAAAGCGAUAGAUACAAGUGCAAUGGAUGCUUGAACCGAAACUCUGGCGGCGCACCAAUUAGUGUUAUUCCAAUAUCGUCGAUGAAUGUGCCGACGUGCUCGAAAACAGUUGAUCUGGCGUCAUGCGCUACGUCAAUGAAACCAGCCAAGCCAACAACACUUGACACCAGCUCCAGCUUUCGCUUGAAUCAAUCACCAUUGUCACAGGCCGUUUACAUGUCAACCACUGUGCCGCAGAAUAUCAAAGGUUGCAAUAUAAUGGGCUCACAUUUGCCGACGCGAAACAGUCUUCGUCAUAGUCGAAUGCUUGUCGGUAAAAAAACUUAUCAAGUUGUUAGACGACGCAAUCCGUUGAACAUCCGCCAUCCAAACUCGGUGAAAUAUUUGUUCAAUUUUCAUGUACUGAUCGGACUCGCAGUUUCAUGCUUGGGCCUUUGGUUGUGUUGGUGGGCGCCCAGCACAAGUGCCCGUGAUAAUCCAUACUGGAGCGGUUUAAUUUUAAUGUUAUCCGGAAUUUUGGGUAUAAUUGUGCUGGCAUUUAAACCGAGACCCCGACAAAAACCACUACGCCAGCAUUUUAUCACAUUCUUACGCAUCAAUUCGACACUCGUUACAUUCAUCGCGGCUGUAUGCACAUUUGUGGCGUCAUCGUUUGCUAUUUUCCAUCUGACCAAUAUAGCGAUCGCUGAUUGCCGACCCGUUAACAUUUUGGUCGAAAGUUCGGCGUGUACGUGCCGUUUCGAUGGUAUAUCAACAAAUGGUACAGUUGCUGGCAUUCCAAAGGCAGAUGCAGAGAUAUUCAAUGGCAGUUAUUACAGAGAUUUAAGUUGCAACGAAGUGAUGGGGCCAUUCAAAUACAUCCUAAUUGCAUCGGCAAUACUGAAUUUCAUUGGAUUUUUGCUAUGUUUCACACUCUUAAUAUUGCUGUGUAUGCGACAGAAACCAGUCAAACGAGUUCCAUACAGCAGUGCAAGCAGCCGACAUCGACUGUGAAGCAAUCUCGCAUUUAAUUUAAUAGAUUUUUGUAUCGCACGCACUAUGACAAAAAAAUUGUAUAUAAAAUACUUAGGUUCGAUUUAGGAAGCAAUACCAAAUUUUCAUUUGACUAAAUUAAAUUCGCACCACGGUUAAAUUAGAUAAGUGGAUAUUUACUCACUCAAUAUCAAAACGGGAAAAUUCAUAGUAACUUCGGCAAUUCGAUGAAUUACCGAACGUUUUUUGUGUUUUCGGUAAAAUGUCGAAUUACCAACAAUGUUCCAAAAAUGUUGGUAAAAUGGCAUUUUACCAACAUUAUGAAUAUAAUGUCGGCAAUUUGACGAUUUGCCGAAAUCACACACAACAUUCGAAAUUCAAAUUCCAGUGCAACCGUCGAUUCUACCAAUAGAGACACGCAUGCCACUUUGACACUUCGAAUGUGCAGGAAUAUUUGUUGUUUGGUUGUGUGAACUGUCAAACGAUUGAAAACUGCGAUUCAAAUGUGAAGAAAUUCAGAACGCACGCAUACAAUCAUCGUGCAACGGUCCGAAAACAACCAAAAUUCCAAUCAAUUGUGGAAUAAUUUUUUGAUAGAAGUGAAUUAGUCACGGAUUUUGGUGAUUGUGUAAAGAAUUUUUCCGUUUUUUCUGUUGUGAAACGUAAGAAAACAUAUCAAAAUGCCAAAAGAAAUGAUAACACUGCAUCUGGGCCAUAUCAUGGAACGGCUGUCCGAUCGAGCAAAGAGAACAACUGGAUAGAAAAAACGCAGUAAAUUAAAUAUGUAUAAUGUUAAAUGAGUCUAGAUUUUGUGAUGACAGUUCGUUUCUAUUUACAUUUUUCGUGUGCUCCAAAUUUGUCUUUCUGCAUUUGUUCAAUCGGACAUUUUGAUAAAUUCAGAUAAUUUAUCGUGUGAAUUGCAUCAAUGACAGUGUUAAAUUGCAAUUGAGUAUGAUUCGCCACUCUUUGAAUGCUCCAUUAGAGGCCUUUCCAGUGAAUUUAAAAUUACCAAAUGUUGUGUGUGAUUUCGGCAAAUCGUCAAAUUGCCGACAUUAUAUUCAUAAUGUUGGUAAAAUGCCAUUUUACAUUGUUGGUAAUUCGACAUUUUACCGAAAACACAAAAAACGUUCGGUAAUUCGUCGAAUUGCCGAAUUUACUAUGAAUUUUCCCGUUUUCAUAUUGAGUGAGUAGGAUAAAACCAAACUGUAUACUACUGAGUAUAAAUUUAAUUUUUACGAAAUUCGUUUUGAAAUUGCAUGGAAACUGUCCAGCCCGGGUCAUUCGCUAUUUAUGAAUCCAUACAAAUAGAUAUUUUUCGAUAAAAACAAACUUCCCUAUGAAAUUAAUGAUGUAUCAGGAGAUAAUAUUGGAAUAAAUGCAUGAUAUGAUUUGAUAAUAAUAAUAAA